UCCUGUAGCCUGUCCAUUCGUAACUCGUCGACUCGUCUACUUCGUAUAUAUUAAUCUGAAAGUAGGCGAGUGUCAAGAAUGGAGCUGACUCAUCGGCGACUUUGGUGCAAAGAGACGUUUUUCUCCAAGCAGUAAAAACCAGGGGGGUUGUUUGUUUUUAUUCUCAUUUGUUGUGCUGGAAGCACUCUUGUGAUAACUCAACGUUCUUUUGCAACCUCAGGAUGGCAGGGCAAUGGCAAUUCAUACAAUUGUGCACCAGCGAUGGAAGGGUCGGCGACGCAGAAUCACGAAGAAAAGUUCGCAAGAACGCAAUGCGGCAGUUCAAGCGCAAUGAGCGACUGGCAAAUCGAGAAAAGCAUAUGCAUCAGCAGCAGUUGGAGCUCGUCACCACUGCCCCUUUUCGACCUUCGCAGGAAGUUACACUGGAGCCAAGAGGCAUCGAAGAUAUGCUGGACCCUUUCUCCACCACAGCUCUUCCCGCCAGUAAAGAUGCUUAUCGACUUCUUCAUCAUUUCGUGACUGUCAUUACUCCAGCUCUACUUCCGUUUGGCGAUGGUCGCAACCUGCAAACCUUCAAUGAGGUCUUCAUACAGAGUGUACAGCAGGAUAGAGGGGCAACUGCCAGCAUGCUCUUUCACGCGGGAUAUCACCAUGAUCAUCUGACCGGAACAAAAGGAUGGAGCAGGCACACAACUGAAUUCUAUAGUGAAUCUCUCCACAUCGUAAGUGAGCGACUUAACGUCGUGAAUAAGGAGAAGGUGGGGGAUGAGCUAGUGUGCAUGGUAGCAUUUUUAGCCGCUACGGGGAACAUAAAUGGCCCGGAUCAAAAUGCUCUCGAUAAACCACACAUGACUGCACUCCAAACCCUCAUCGGUCUCCGAGGGGGCAUCCGCUCGCUUGGCUGGGGAGGGUCACUGGCAUUGAUUAUACAAAUAGCAGAUCUAGUCCGCGCGACCAUAUCUGGGCAACGCCCUUCUUUUCCCGCUCCGGACAUUACAGAAAACCCACUCACGCCUAUCUUAAUAUCGCCAUCAUUCCCCACCGCACCGGAACCGCCAAAUCAAGACCCUUCCGUGCCCUGCCGUCUCAACCCCCUUUUAUCAACAGGCCGUAACCUGGUCGCCUACCAACUCAGCCUACUCAGUACCACCAAAGAGAAAAACACGCAGAGCAUACAGAACAUGACGCAUUUCACGGAACUCUGCAUCGCAUUCGAGCACUACGUGCUCUGUUUUUGUACCCCAGCCACCAAUUCACAUGCGUAUCCUUCUUCCGGUUCAAUCCCCUACACGUCGUUCAUCUCCACCUUACCCCCCAAAUCACGAACCCCGGAGCCUCAUAAGGGUGCCGAUAUAUCUGACCAACCACACGACGAAUCGAUACUGUUCCGCAAAGCAGCAACCAUUUCGCUGAAAAUCUGCAUCUCCCUCAUCUUCCGCAACUUGACCACCCGUUCCAACACCAUCCGACGUCUGCAAGCACAGCUAAAGUCCUUGCUGCUCACCAUGCUUCUAGCCGUUCGGUCAUAUGCAGCGUUGAGCUGGGAAGAGAAGAGCAUAUUACUUUGGGUUCUAUGGGUGGGUGGCUCGACUGUAAUUAGUGUAAAUCAAGCGGAUGCGGAGUUGUAUGUGCCCCAGAUUCAGAGCUUGCUAGGGGAGAUGGGGCUUCGGGAGUGGGAGGAAGUAAAGAGUGUGCUGGCGGAAGUUCUGUGGAGUGAGAGGUGUGAGAGGGAGGGCGGAUGCCAAGACCUGUGUGAGAGGGUUGGGGUGGCUCUUCCAUAA